UUGAAACACGGUAUUUUUCAAACGGCAAACCCACCCAAACAAACCGAGCAGUAGCUCAGAUAGAAAUUGCAAAAUUGAACCAGUCAAUAUUACAGUUGUAUUUCUACAACUUUAAGUGAGCUUAUUUACAAUAUGGAUUUGGAUUCCCUAAAAUAUGCGGAAUUGCAGCACCUCGCGAAGGAAGUUGGACUUAAAGCGAAUAUGAAGGCUGAUAAGCUGUUGAAGGCUUUAAAGCAUCACUUUUCACAACAACAGCAGACUGAGAAUGGAAAUGAUGCAGCCUCUGUGGACGCGCAGGAUACUCACGCUGCAAAUUUUGUGACAGAUCGCCGAAGAAAGGGCCGCACUGCCAAGAGAAAGCUCAGUGAUUCCGCACCAGUCACUACUCGGAUUGAGGCGAAGCCAGCACAGUCAGAUGAAAGCCGAAGGGGCUCCAAAAGGAGGAAGGUGUCCUCAACCAAGAACACACAGAUCCCAGUUCCACCUGAAAUUCCUACUGGAGAGGAUACUUUGGACAAAUGUGUAGAAUCUGGGGAAACCAAUCCAGACCCUAAAGAUGCUCAUGUAGAGCCAAGUGAGAAAGUUACUGGGAGAAGGACAGGUGGUAAAAUUCCCCGCCAUGAGGGUUUGAUGAAGAGGAAACCUGCUCUGCGACCGACAACUCCUAACUUCAAAAAACUCCAUGAGGCUCACUUCAAAAAGAUGGAGUCCAUAGAUUCUUAUGUCCAAAGGAAGAACAAGCAAAUGGAGGUGAUCAGGAAUUCUGUCAAGGAACUGAAGACACUGUCAGAUAAGACACUGAUGAAAUCAGUUGAGACAAAGACUCAAGCUAAAGUGGCCGCAAACCGAACAUCACUUUUCAGUCCUGGGAUGCAGGAGAAGAGACCAGUCCCUGAAAGACGAAGGCUCACACAGCAGUCUGCCAGCAAGCCUGCUUUGAAGGACAGCUCCACCUUCAGGCCAAGCGUCCUCUCCACUAAUAAAAUCAAUGUCCGAUUCUCGCAUGCCACUGAGGAUAACGAAUACAAGCGUUCCCUAGUGAAGACUCCAGCUCGUAUGUCUCCUCACCUCCCCCUCACUUCUACUCCUGGGAGAAAAUCUGACAUUAACAACAAACUGGAGCUUAAUAAAACUAUCAGCACUGUCAAUAAAACACCAGGAGUUACUCCAUUUGUUUUCAGUGGGAACAACAGCAUGUCAGUCACACCUGGUAACUCCAAGAACACAUUUGAUUUGAAAGCCAGUCUCUCUCGCCCUUUGAACUACAAACCGCAUAAGGGAAAACUGAAGCCUUUUGGAGCGGCACAGGAGAACACAGCACUUAAUAUAUCUCAGACAAUUCCUUCUCACCAGAAAAACUUCAAACAGCACCAAGUUCAAACAAGAGAGGAACGGCGUGCCAAACAUACCGAGAACCGAAAACAGAAGAAGGAGAAUAUGUUGGGUGCCAGACGAGGCCUGGCCAUGGCUUAACACUUGUUUCAUUUCUGUCUCAUUAUUGGCCUAGGCAUUCUAUUUAAG